CAUCAACGUCCUUAUUCUCGAGAACAGCGUCUCCGGCGAAGCACGCUCCCAAGCUAUUAACUCUCACAUAUUUCAUGCGACUUAUCAACAACCGAACGCUCAACGACAAUGAAGGUGUCCAUAGCCAUGGUAGUUCUUACAUUGUCAUCCCUGACUCACCUCACUGGAGCGACAAGCUCCGCCAUGGUUUCCAAUUCGGGGAGUCUGAGUAACCCUGUUAAGGAUGAGCAAGUUGACAAGCCUGCUGGCCCACUCUGCUAUAACAGACAAAAUAAGAGCAAAGGAGCUGGUUGCACUGUGUCUAAAGGAUUCGGCUACUCCAGCGCACACAACUGUGUGCACAAUAUGUAUUCCUGCCAGGGCGAAAAUGGUAAGGUCGAAUGUUUGUCAAUCAAUAAUGCGCGUAGGUCUAAAUUGAAGGGUGGCUACUGCUAUAAAUAAUUCUAUCGCAGAUCAGCUCGUGCAAGGUCAGCAACCAGUUGGAGAAUAGAUGGAGAAUAGAUACAGCAUUCAGACCAACUUAUAUUGGAAUGUAACUAGUGUCCCAGUAUUGAUUCAUUGAGUAAAUCUGCAGAAUUCGUUACCUGUGAGUGGGUUCUUAUACUAUGUUGCCUUAUAGCAGGCUGGCAAUCUCAAGGUAAUGCGAAGCUUGU